AUCUUUGGGUCCAUGCUUUAAUGGUGAAAUUCACAGGACGAGAACUCGUACGUCCCGGUAUUACACGAUUUGCAACAAAUUUUAUUGCUCUAAACAGUAUCCUUCAAAAUAAAAAUGGAUUAAAGUCCAUGUUUGCAUCAGAUGAAUGGCAAACAUCUCGUUAUGCCACCACGGCUGAUGGAAAAUCGAUUGAGCAAAUAAUUAUGUCUACCAAGUUUUGGGAUUAUGUGAAAGAGAUUGUUGAUAUUGUGGAGCUGCUAAAUGUGGUCCUCCGUUUAGUGGAUCAGGAAAAAAUACCUCAAAUGGGACAUGUUUAUUAUAAACUGAGGAUGGCUAAAUAUAAUAUUAAAAAAAAUAAUCCACUACGGUUCCAAUCUUUUCUAAAAAUUAUUGACAGACGUUGGGACGUCCAGAUGAGCCGGGAUCUACACUUAGCAGGUUAUUAUCUUAAUCCGUCAUACCAUCAUUGUUAUAAUCUUGGAUUUGAUGAUGAACUGUUGAAGGCAUUACGAAACGUUAUCAAUAGAUUGGAGAGGGAUCCAACACAUGCUGCUCUUGCCAUAAGUGAGGUAUAAUAUUUUUUCAAUGUAUUAUUAGUUUGCUAGAUGUUAAUAUGCUGAUUUUCGUGAAUCCUCUGGAACUUUCGGUGAAGCGGGUGCAAUUAACGGAAGACACAAUACCGAUCCUAGUAAGUAACUCCAUAAUUUGGACAGUUUACAGCUGAUGAUAAAUCUUAUUUGAUAUAUUUUUAACUUUUAAUUGUACAGCUGAGUGGUGGCUACAAUAUGGCGGAUCGGCAAAGUACUUAAAAAAGAU